GUCAAAAGCAUCUUCAUCUGUUGUUUGACGGAUUGAAAACACAGAAACGUGAGGUUAUGUCUGCGUUUAAUCAGUUACUUAUCUAUUGCUCACACCUAGUCCAGAGGUUACUUCUGUGAAACUUGAUCUCCCCCUUUUUCUCUUCUCUUUCUGUCUGUGUGCUGUGUCAUUGAGUGACUGCAACUUCCAUUGGAACCAUGGGUUUUGUAAAGGAGCUGCAGAAAAAGAAGAUAAUUAUAGGGGCGUUGGCUGUAUCGGUUGUGACCCUGAUCCUCGGCCUGGGACUCGGUCUCGGAUUGGACUUGCAGAAAUGUCGAAACAAAGUCGUCCCCCACACGUCCUGCAGGCAUCGAUGCUACGAGCCCUAUGACGACCAGAUCCCCGGCUGCAGAUGUGACCACAGCUGCAACGCCAGCAACAGCUGCUGCUAUGACUACCAUGACAUCUGCACUGUGCCCACUGAGCAGUGGGAGUGCACGAAGCUGCGUUGCGGGGAGAAGAGGCUAACCCAGAGCAGAUGUCACUGCUCCGAUGACUGUCCGUCUGCAGGGGACUGCUGCACAAACUACAAACAUGUCUGCCACGGAGAGAAAGAGUGGGUGGAGGACAAGUGUGAGGACCUUUCAACCCCCACAUGCCCAGCAGGCUUUACGCAGCAGCCUCUGCUCCUCGUCUCUUUGGAUGGACUGCGGGCUGAGUACCUGCAGACGUGGAGCGCUCUCAUCCCUGUUCUGGACAAGCUCAAGGAGUGUGGAACCUCGGCACCGUACAUGCAGGCAGCCUUUCCCAGCAAGACGUUCCCCAAUCACUACACCAUUGUUACGGGUCUCUAUCCAGAGUCCAACGGUUUGAUUGACAACACUAUGUACGACCCCGUGUUUGACGCCACCUUCAGUCUGUCCGGUCCCGAGAAAGACAACCCGAACUGGUACCUCGGACAGCCUAUUUGGCACACAGCGCAGCAGCAGGGCCUGAAGUCCGGGACUUUCUUUUGGCCGGGAUCAGACGUCAAAAUCAACGGAAGCUUUCCCAACAUCUACCGACCUUACGACGGUAAAGUGCCAUUCGAAGAACGAGUGUUCACUGUGCUUAAGUGGCUACAGCUGCCAGAGAACGAAAGACCAGAUUUCUACACGUUGUAUCUGGAGGAACCUGAUAAAUCUGGACACAGCUACGGACCUGUGAGUGGGGGGCUGAUUGAAGCAAUCCAAGGGGUGGAUAAGAUCAUUGGUCAGCUUAUGAACGGCCUCAAGCAGAUUGGCCUCCACCGCUGCGUCAACAUCAUCAUCGUGGCAGAUCAUGGUAUGGAGGACACGAGCUGCGACAGGAAGGAAGUGCUGCAGGAGCUGGUCGGAGACAUCCAGAACUACUGGGUCACAGAGGGACCAUUCGGACGCAUCAGAGCCAAAAACAAAGACACCGUGCUGGACUCAGCCGGACUCGUUGCUAACAUGACUUGUAAGAAGCCAGAUCAAAAGAUCAAGCCGUACCUGAAGGCCAACCUGCCAAAGCGCCUCCACUUUGCCAACAGCCGCCGCAUCGAAGAUGUCAACGUCCUGGUGGACCCUAAAUGGCUGUUUGAGAGAUAUCCCGGUUCUGUCACAUUCUGCUCUGGCGGGGCUCACGGCUAUGACAACGACGCUGAGAGCAUGCACGCCAUGUUUGUCAGUUAUGGACCCAAGUUUCACUACAAAACGGAAAUCGAACCCUUUUCCAACAUCGAGCUCUACAAUCUCAUGUGUGACGUGAUGCAGAUCUCUCCCACUAACAACAACGGGACCCACGGCAGUAUGAACCACGUCCUGAGGCGGCCCUACCACACGCCAGCGGCCCCCGCAGAGCAGAGCGUUCCGGUUCAGUGUCCGAUGAUCAGCCUCGACCCUGCAGACGACCUGGGAUGCUCCUGUCCUGCCCUGACUGGAAACGCUAUCAACGCGCGUCUGAAUCUGACAGCAGAAGAAGAGUCCGCGGCAGAGAAGAAGCACAUGCUGUUUGGUCGUCCCCGGAUGCUGCAGCGUGACCAGAGCUACUGCGUCCUCCACCAGGAGGGAUUCAUCCUCGCCUACGGCCACAAAGCGCUGAUGCCUCUGUGGAGCUCCUUCACCAUGGACAAGCCAAUGAACAUGGACCCCUUGCCACUAGUGACGCCAAACUGUUUGAGGGCUGAUGUCAGACUCCCAGCAUCCCAGAGUCCCAGAUGUGACCAGUACAACACUGCUGAGAACCUGACGCACGCCUUCCUGUACUCUCCCAAUCUGAAUGCGACAGCCGACCAGCAGUACGAUGCUCUCAUAAUGAGUAAUGUGGUGCCAAUGUACCCCGAGUUCAAGAAGAUCUGGGACUAUUUUCACAGCACACUGUUAAAGAAAUAUGCCUCUAUCUACAACGGCGUUAACGUGGUGACGGGCCCUGCCUUCGAUUACAACCAUGACGGCCAAUACGACGCUCCAGAGCAGAUCCAGCAGUUUGUGUCCGGAACAAACAUCCCGAUCCCCACGCAUUACUUUGCUGUGUUAACCAGCUGCGGGGACUCGGCCCAGCCGGUGACCACCUGUGCCAGCGGGCUGCAGACCGUGUCCUUCUUGCUGCCUCACAGACACGACAACUCAGAAAGCUGCAAGAGUUCACAAGCCGAAUCCCAUUGGGUCGAGGAUCUCAUGUGGUUCCACCAAUCACGAGUCCGAGACAUCGAGUGGAUCACAGGGUUGGAUUUUUACCAGGGCAGCAGUCGGCCAAUCCCGGAGCUGCUGAGAAUGAAGACCCGCCCCACAGCCGCCAUUCACAGAAAACAAUGAAACGGCUCUUUUCCACAAGAAAUCGCCGAGAUGAAUACUCCAUAUCUGUAAAAGGGUUGAGUCCGUAGUCUCAAAUUGUGUUAUCACUUCGCCAACACUGGACUGGAGGGAUCUACAGUAUUUUCCAACAUAGUGACAUUGUUUAUUAGCUUUUUAAUUUUUAAACCAUUUGUAAUACUAUUUCUUCUUAUUAUAUUCCUAUUGUCAUGAUUUGUAUCCUGUAUUUAAGGGGUUGAUUCAUGCAUAACCCAAAUGGACAGACUGGGUAUUUAAGCAGAAAACUAUUUACAAAUGUUUGUUGACAGUACUGGACUUUUAGAGCUGUGGUGCUUUAAAUAAAGUUGUUUGAUGAUACACUUUUUUUUUUUUUAUCGGUUUGGGAAUGUAUUGGAUACAUUUUUUAGGCUGGUUUUGUCCGUCAACAAGAAUUAGAACAAACAGUUUUGUGCAAUAUAUUUUUCAUAGCUCUGACCCAGCCCUGUCUUCUAAAACUUACCUUCUAUACAACUAAACUGCAUUUCUCAAUUAUGUUUCAUGGGAAACUUAUUUUGUCCCGGAUUAUGUUUGUCUUUGACGUAUCACAAACGUGUUUCUAGUCAAAGUCCGGAAGAGAGGAGGGAUAGGUAAAAAAAUAGUUUGUGUUGGCAAAGAUUUCACAAUCUUUCACAAUAUUCUAAUUCAAGCGGCACGGUGGUUAAUGACGACGACGAUCCUUCUUGACCACUAACACCCUCUGAUGAAAAUGAGUGACGACAGCAUGCUCUGUGUUUAACCCUCAUGCCCUCCUCUGUCAUUUUUGUACAUUUUUCUCAAGUUAUUUUUUUUCAUUUUGUGAUCAUUUUUGCUGUGUUACUGCUUAUGGCAUUAAAGUUUUCAGCCAAAUUUUUUAAA